AUGACUAUCACUGCUGUUAUAACAAGAAAUAAAGUUUCUAAACAAGCUGAUCAACAACCACAAGCACCACCACCACCACAACAACAAAAACAACCUAAAACUCAACUGAGAAAAAUUGUAUUUAACAUAUCUCAAAAUUUCAAAGUUAUUAAAAUAUUAGGAGAAGGAGCAUAUGGUAUAGUAGCGUUAGCAAUUCAUUUACCAACAAAUACAAAAGUAGCCAUCAAGAAAAUCGAACCAUUUGAAAGAUCAUUAUUCUGUUUAAGAACACUUAGAGAAAUUAAAUUAUUAAAAAAAUUUUCCAAACAUGAAAACUUAAUCAAAUUAUAUGAUAUUCAAAAACCAAUUAAUUACGAAAAUUUUAAUGAAGUUUAUUUAAUUCAAGAAUUUAUGCCUAGUGAUUUACAUAAUAUUAUUCAAACACAUAUUUUAAAUGAUCAACAUUUACAAUUUUUCGUAUACCAAAUUUUAAAAGGUUUAAAAUAUAUUCAUUCAGCUGGUAUUAUACAUAGAGAUUUAAAACCAUCAAAUAUUUUAAUAAAUGAAUUCUGUGAUUUAAAAAUUUGUGAUUUUGGAUUAGCUAGAAUUGAUUUAAUUAAAUAUAAUAAUAAUUUUCAAACUAUGGAAAUAAAUAAUAAAAUUUCAUUAUUAACUGAAUAUGUUGCUACUAGAUGGUACAGAGCUCCUGAAAUUAUGCUUAAUGCUUCAAAUUAUUCAACAGCUAUAGAUAUUUGGUCAAUUGGUUGUAUUAUAUUUGAAUUAUUGACUUAUAAAGCUAUUUUCCCAGGUUCAGAUUAUAUAAAUCAAUUAAAAUUAAUUUUUGAAAUUAUUGGUACACCAAAUGAUGAAGAUUUAGAAAUUAUAAAAUCAAAAAGAGCUAAAAAUUUUUUGAAAUCAUUACCAACAAGACACAAGAUUAAUUUUAUGGAAUUUUGUGAACAACAUCCUUUAAGAAAAUUAAAAUUACAAAAUGUUUCAACUGAAAUAAAUCCUUUAUGUAUUGAUUUAUUAGAAAAAAUGAUGUUAUUUAAUCCUGAAAAAAGAAUCACAGUUGAUGAAGCUUUAAAACAUCCUUAUUUAGCAAAUUAUCAUGAUCCAUUGGAUGAACCAACAACUACAUUAAUUCCAUUACAAGAAUUUGAAUUUGAUAUUGAAAAAUCAAAUUUAAAUAUUGAAGAAUUAAAAUUACAAAUUUUUGAAGAAAUUAUGUUAAAUAAAAAAUAA